UUGCAUUUUGAUUAAAGCCCUCAACCCUUCCUCAGUCUUAGGCAGGGGUCUGGGGAGGAACACUUCUCAGCUGGGCACAGGAGAAGAAAAUUCACCCAAAAAAUCCCUCCCCCAGCUUCUCUCUGGGCUCCGUCCUCCCUAUGGCUGUGUAGAUCACUUGGACUUUGCAAGAAACUGGUUCUUUGGUACUGAGAGUUCUUUACUUUCUGGGGGUUUCCCAGUACUUGGAGUUUGAGAUGGAGAGGUGGAGCACUAGGUGGAAAACGAAAAGGAGGUUGUGGGACCCAUCCUUCAGCUCCAUCAUUGUCAUCACAUUGACUUUCUUACUGCAGACUGCAGAGGUCAGAGCAGCUAGAUCAGUCGAUGUCCUCAAAGCAUUAGAAUUGAACAGUUUACCAAAUGGAGUGUCGAGAACAGCAGGAUUUUGCACAAACAGAAGAGCAACCAAAGGAUCGGACACUGCCUUCCGAAUUCACAAAGAGGCACAAAUUAGUGCUCCCACUAGGCAACUAUUUCCAGGUGGUGUAUUCCCUAAGGACUUCUCCAUCCUGCUGACCGUGAAAGCUAAGAAGAACCUGCAAUCAUUCCUCUUGUCUAUAUACAGUGAAAAAGGUGUUCACCAAGUAGGCGUGGAAGUCGGCAGGUCCCCUGUAUUCCUGUAUGAAGAUAAUGCAGGACUCCCCGUACCAGAGGAGUACCCGAUCUUUAGCACUGUCAACAUUGCAGAUGGAAAGUGGCACCGAGUCGCUAUCAGUGUGGAAAAGAAAACAGUAACUAUGAUAGUAGAUUGUACAAAGAAGGUCGUAAAACCUCUUCCAAGAAGUGACAAACCCAUCGUUGACAGCAAUGGGAUUACUGUAUUUGGCACCAGGAUCCUGGACGCGGAGGUGUUUGAGGGCGAUAUCCAGCAGCUACUGAUUGUCAAUGACCCCAAAGCGGCACAUGACUACUGUGAGCAUUACAUGCCAGACUGUGACACCCCUUCCCCUAAUAUACCCCAGGCACAGGAACCACAGGUAGACGAGAAGAAGAAACACAAUCCUAAAUUGAAGAAGAAGCCAGUGCCCUUUAAAUCAAAGGACAAACCAAAAAAAGUCACGUCCAAAAACUCAUUUGCAGCUAAGAAGAAGAAAAGCAGAAACGGUUAUCAAGCGUCUGCAAGAAAAACUAUAGGGGCCAAUGUGGUUGAAGAUUUCCAGUACAGUGAAGGAGACUAUGGAUACCAAACCGAUCCACCUGCUCUAACCACUGGACCCAAUGAGCAAGCCCCUGUGGAGGAGACUUUUGUGGAUGAGUCCUUUGCAGAGGAGUACAUAACCGGAGAGGAUUAUGACUCAGAGAAAAAGCUGGUUGAGGAAUCAGACUAUGGCUUGACAACUGUAGCCCCCACACAGUCUGAGACAGUGGUGGGAGGUGAUUUAGGAGAAUAUGAUAUGUAUGAAUAUAAAGAAUAUGACGAGAAGCCGACUAAUCCCUCCAGGGAGGAGUUUGGACCAGGAGUACCCGCUGAGACUGAUAUCACAGAAAGCAAUGUGAAUCAAUAUGGUGCUUAUGGUGAGAAAGGUCAGAAGGGAGAGCCAGCUGUGAUUGAGCCGGGGAUGCUGAUUGAAGGACCAUCUGGACCAGAAGGACCUGCUGGUCUUACUGGUCCACCUGGUUUGCAAGGACCUCCUGGUACCCCUGGGGAUCCCGGUGAGAGAGGACCUCCCGGUCGGGCUGGAUUGCCUGGAGCUGAUGGAUUACCUGGACCUCCUGGCACUAUGCUAAUGUUACCAUUUCGAUGGGGGAGCGAUGGAGAGAAAGGACCACCCAUUUCUGCUCAAGAAGCACAAGCCCAGGCUAUCCUUCAGCAGGCAAGGAUCGCUAUGAGGGGACCCCCAGGGCCUAUGGGUCUAACUGGCAGAUCUGGCCCAGUGGGAUCCCCUGGUGCUCCGGGAAUUAAAGGCGAGUCCGGAGAUCCAGGACCUCAGGGUCCAAGAGGAAUUCAAGGUUCUUCAGGUCCAAUGGGAAAAGCUGGUAAGAGGGGACGCCCUGGUACUGAUGGAGCUCGUGGGAUGCCAGGAGAGCCUGGAUCUAAGGGAGAUAGAGGGUUUGAUGGUCUUCCCGGUCUGCCUGGUGAGAAAGGACACAGGGGUGAUAAAGGUCCACAGGGUCCCCCUGGGUCACCUGGUGAAGACGGAGAGAGGGGAGAAGAUGGAGAGGUUGGACCCAGAGGUCUGCCCGGUGAGCCUGGUGAACGAGGAUUGUUAGGGCCAAGAGGACCCCCUGGACCUACAGGACAACCUGGUGUUGCUGGUGUGGAUGGACCUCCAGGUCCCAAAGGAAACUUGGGUCCCCAAGGAGAGCCAGGCCCUGCAGGUCAACAAGGAAUUCCCGGCCCUCAGGGUCUUCCAGGGCCACAAGGUCCCAUCGGUCCUCCUGGUGAAAAGGGGCCACAUGGAAAGCCUGGUCUUCCUGGAUUACCCGGAUCUGAUGGUCCCCCGGGACACCCAGGUAAAGAAGGUCCUCCAGGAGAGAAGGGCGCAGUGGGUCCUAAUGGUCCCCAAGGUCCAAUUGGUUACCCUGGACCUCGAGGUGUAAAGGGAGCAGAUGGUGUCCGUGGUUUGAAGGGAGGUAAAGGAGAAAAGGGUGAAGACGGGUUUCCUGGAUUUAAGGGCGAUAUGGGACUCAAAGGAGACCGGGGAGAGGUUGGUCCAUUAGGUCCAAGAGGAGAAGAUGGUCCAGAAGGUCCAAAGGGAAGAUCUGGUCCCAAUGGGGACUCUGGUCCUACUGGUCUAGCUGGUGAAAAGGGUAAACUUGGAGUUCCAGGAUUGCCCGGCUACCCAGGAAGGCAGGGGCCCAAGGGGUCUACAGGUUUCCCCGGAUUCCCAGGAGCCAACGGUGAAAAAGGAGCUCGGGGUGUAGCUGGCAAACCGGGUCCAAGGGGGCAACGAGGUCCAACGGGUCCACGAGGUGCUAGAGGUCCCAGAGGUCCUACUGGAAAACCAGGUCCUAAGGGCACAGCAGGAAACGAUGGUCCUCCCGGCCCACCUGGUGAAAGAGGACCUCAAGGACCACAGGGCCCAGUUGGGUUCCCAGGACCAAAGGGUCCCCCUGGACCUCCUGGAAAGGAUGGGUUGCCCGGCCACCCUGGUCAGCGUGGAGAGACAGGAUUCCAAGGCAAGACAGGUCCUCCAGGACCAGGAGGUGUAGUGGGUCCUCAGGGUCCUACUGGAGAAACUGGUCCAAUUGGAGAAAGAGGUCACCCUGGUCCUCCUGGACCACCUGGAGAGCAAGGUUUGCCUGGGGCAGCAGGAAAGGAAGGUGCUAAGGGAGAUCCAGGCCCCCAGGGUGUUGCUGGUAAAGAUGGUCCCCCAGGUCUGCGUGGGUUCCCCGGAGAGAGAGGUCUUCCUGGUGCCCAGGGACCUUCAGGUUUGAAGGGAGGAGAAGGACCUCAAGGCCCAUCUGGUCCAGUUGGUUCUGCUGGAGAGAGAGGAGCAGCGGGCACUGCUGGGCCAAUCGGUUUACCAGGAAGACCAGGUCCUCAGGGACCACCUGGACCAGCAGGAGAAAAGGGAGCUCCAGGAGAAAAAGGUCCUCAGGGUCCAGCUGGAAGAGAUGGAGUACAAGGUCCUGUGGGAUUACCUGGGCCUGCUGGGCCUCAGGGACAGCCUGGUGAAGAUGGUGACAAGGUAAAUGUUGAGUUUCUUAGUCUGUAUAACAGGAGCCAUAGGGGCCUAUUUAUCAAAGCGUCAACUGAAAAUACGCUGGAAUAAUUGUUGUGAAAUUGAUCCGCCGUAGUUAUCAAAGCGUCAAGAUCGGCAAAUGUUGAAAUUUGUGACAAAAAUACGAUCCCGGGAUCUCAAUCCGACACAGAUCGAUGCAAGUUGAAAACCCGUGGUAUUCAAGUGAAAUCGUGUUCAUUCGCCCUCCUAUUCGACACUAUUUGAAGCUCUCACAAAGUUAUCAAAAAUUUUACAUUUACGCUUGCGUCUUUUCCCACGCAGCGUACCUAGUUUUCAACCCACCACCCUUGAGGUCGCGGAUGCCAUAGAACUCAAUAGGAGUCUGAAAACACAGAAAGCUUAUGUUUGAUGCUACAAGAGAAUGAAGUAUAUUACAUAAUAAAAGUAAAUUAGAAACUUUAUUAAAAUUGUAUACCCUUUCUAAAUCAAACAAUAUUAUUGCUACACAUUUGGUGCACUAGUAGAUAUAGGGAUGAAAAUGAAAUAAAUACAUUACUACUUAUGGA